UUGACGCCCGCGGACAGCCGGGCGAGGGGAAGUGGCAAGAUGGCGGCUCCCACGGCGGAGGCGUGGAAGAGCGCCGAAGGGUACAGCGGGGAUGGGCGCACCGGCGCCUGACUCGGGCGCGGCUUAAGCCCGAGAUAAGCGCGCAGGGACCCCAGGCCUUUGCCUCGGGGCAACGCGGGGGCUCCUUUAAGAGGCGAAGCGGCGCGAAGGCGGGAGGGGGUUGUGACGUCACCCGACCCCGCCCCCUCGCCCGACCGUCGCAGCCGCCAUGUUUAGUUGUUACUUCUUCACACAAGAUGGCGGCUCCCAGGGAGGAGGCAUGAGCACCCUGCCGUUACCGCUCCGCGUGCCGUACAGUUGCCACUUCACGGCCUAACCUGGCUCUUUGAAGCGGCUCCUGUGGGAAGGAGUCAUAAGGUGGGAAUCGAGGAUCCGACGCUGCCUUGCGUUUUGUUUGCAGUGGAAGAACUGACCCAGGAAGAAGAGAAUAGGGGAGAAGGGGGAGCUAAUCUCAAGAUGGCGGCUCCCAGGGCGGCCGGCGCAGCCUGAGCAGCUGAGGCGAACUGACGGGAGAGGUUCAAGACCUCACAAGCCGUACGAACUGCUAGGGUCUGAGCAGUUCCUGAGAAUUCCAGCUCAUUCCACUGGCCUCCGGCGCGCCUCUCUUCCUUACGAGUGUCGAGACUGUGUGGGGAGCGGCGGCUGCACUAAGCGCUGGGCGGGGAAGCGGGACGGUCUCAAGAUGGCGGCUCCCACAAUUGUGGUCUGAGCACCGGCGGGGCUGGGACAACCGCGGCGCUGGUGGCUCCUAUCCACCCGCCCCGGAAGCCGGCCAGUGCGGGGGACUUGGGGGGUGUGGGAACCGGGCCGGGGCUCCGCCAUUUCCGGCGGGUGUGGGCUACGACUGAGGAAGGGAGGAGAGAGAGGCGGCUCAAGAUGGCGGCUCCCAGGUCCUCCCGCCCGAGCUUAUAAGCAGGAGCACCCGGGCAAGUAGUCAGAGCGGCUGGACUCGUAUGCCUCAAGCUUCUCGGGCCUAGCCGCUCUACAGCUUCGGGACGCUUUUGAAGAGUCGGGUGGAAGAGAAGAAGGAAAAGAGCCGAAGGGAAGGAGGGUAGUUAAGAUGGCGGCCUCCAUGGAGCCGUCCACCGCUGUGUGAGGAACUGCUUCUCCGAGAGAGCUGCCUUAGACUAAAGGGGGUGUGUGGGAGGUAUUGGGGGGCUCCUUUCCCGCGUUGUGACUUUCCCCCAUCGCUCCCUUUCCCGGAAUUAUGGCUUCGGCCGUGUCGCCCGCCAACUCUCCAGCGGUGCUCCUGCAGCCCCGCUGGAAGAGAGUGGUAGGCUGGUCGGGUCCAGUGCCCCGACCCCGUCACGGCCACCGCGCCGUGGCCAUCAAGGAGCUCAUCGUGGUGUUCGGCGGUGGCAACGAAGGGAUAGUGGACGAACUGCACGUGUACAACACGGCAACCAACCAGUGGUUCAUCCCAGCUGUGAGAGGGGACAUCCCCCCUGGCUGUGCAGCCUAUGGCUUUGUGUGUGACGGGACUCGCCUGCUGGUGUUUGGUGGAAUGGUAGAGUAUGGGAAGUACAGCAAUGACCUCUACGAACUCCAGGCAAGUCGGUGGGAGUGGAAGAGGCUCAAAGCAAAGACACCCAAAAACGGGCCCCCUCCGUGUCCUCGGCUUGGGCACAGCUUCUCUCUUGUGGGCAACAAAUGCUACCUGUUUGGGGGCUUGGCCAACGAUAGCGAGGACCCCAAGAACAACAUUCCGAGGUACCUGAAUGACUUAUACAUCCUGGAAUUACGGCCAGGCUCCGGAGUGGUGGCCUGGGACAUCCCCAUCACUUACGGUGUCCUGCCCCCACCGCGGGAGUCACACACUGCCGUGGUCUACACCGAGAAAGACAACAAGAAGUCCAAGCUGGUCAUCUACGGAGGGAUGAGCGGCUGCCGCCUGGGGGACCUCUGGACUCUAGAUAUUGAGACUCUGACGUGGAAUAAGCCCAGUCUCAGCGGAGUGGCCCCUCUUCCUCGAAGUCUCCACUCAGCUACAACCAUAGGCAACAAAAUGUACGUGUUUGGUGGCUGGGUACCUCUCGUCAUGGAUGACGUCAAAGUGGCCACACACGAGAAGGAGUGGAAGUGCACCAACACCCUGGCUUGUCUCAACCUGGAUACCAUGGCCUGGGAAACCAUCCUGAUGGACACACUGGAGGACAAUAUCCCCCGAGCCCGAGCUGGCCAUUGUGCCGUGGCCAUCAAUACCCGCCUGUACAUAUGGAGUGGGCGUGACGGCUACCGAAAGGCCUGGAACAACCAGGUCUGCUGCAAGGACCUUUGGUAUCUGGAAACAGAAAAGCCACCGCCUCCAGCCCGGGUACAGCUGGUACGCGCAAACACCAACUCCCUGGAGGUGAGCUGGGGGGCAGUGGCAACCGCCGACAGUUACCUUCUGCAGCUCCAGAAAUAUGACAUUCCUGCCACGGCUGCUACUGCCACCUCCCCCACACCCAAUCCAGUCCCGUCCGUGCCUGCUAACCCCCCCAAGAGUCCUGCCCCCGCAGCAGCCGCACCUGCUGUGCAGCCGCUCACCCAAGUAGGCAUCACACUCCUGCCCCAAGCUGCCGCCGCGCCCCCUACCACCACCACCAUCCAGGUGUUGCCACCGGUGCCUGGGAGCUCGAUUUCCGUGCCCGCUGCAGCCAGGACACAAGGUGUCCCUGCUGUUCUCAAAGUGACUGGUCCUCAGGCUACAACGGGAACCCCCUUAGUCACCAUGCGACCCGCCAGCCAGGCCGGGAAAGCCCCUGUCACCGUGACCUCCCUUCCUGCAGGCGUGCGAAUGGUUGUGCCAUCCCAGAGUGCUCAGGGGACGGUGAUCGGCAGCAACCCACAGAUGAGCGGCAUGGCUGCGCUGGCCGCUGCAGCCGCCGCCACCCAGAAGAUCCCUCCUUCCUCGGCUCCCACGGUGCUGAGUGUCCCAGCGGGCACCACCAUCGUCAAGACUGUGGCUGUGACACCUGGUACUACCACCCUCCCAGCCACGGUCAAGGUGGCCUCCUCGCCAGUCAUGGUGAGCAACCCAGCCACUCGGAUGCUGAAGACUGCAGCUGCCCAGGUGGGGACAUCGGUCUCCUCCGCUGCCAACACAUCCACUCGGCCCAUCAUCACGGUGCACAAGUCCGGGACUGUGACCGUGGCCCAGCAAGCCCAGGUGGUGACUACAGUUGUGGGCGGGGUCACCAAGACCAUCACCCUGGUGAAGAGCCCCAUCUCUGUCCCAGGAGGCAGUGCUCUGAUUUCCAAUCUGGGCAAAGUGAUGUCAGUGGUCCAGACUAAACCAGUUCAGACUUCUGCAGUCACAGGCCAGGCAUCUACGGGCCCCGUGACUCAGAUCAUCCAGACCAAAGGGCCCCUGCCAGCCGGGACCAUCCUGAAGCUGGUGACCUCAGCAGAUGGCAAGCCCACCACAAUCAUCACUACCACGCAGGCCAGCGGGGCUGGGAGUAAGCCCACCAUCCUGGGCAUCAGCAGCGUGUCGCCCAGCACCACCAAGCCUGGCACGACCACUAUCAUCAAGACGAUCCCCAUGUCCGCCAUUAUCACCCAGGCGGGCGCCACAGGUGUGACAAGCAGUCCUGGCAUCAAGUCCCCCAUCACUAUUAUCACCACCAAGGUUAUGACUUCAGGUACUGGAACACCUGCGAAAAUCAUCACUGCUGUCCCCAAAAUUGCCACUGGCCAUGGGCAGCAAGGAGUGACCCAGGUGGUGCUGAAGGGCGCUCCCGGACAGCCAGGUACCAUUCUUCGCACCGUGCCCAUGGGGGGCGUCCGCCUGGUCACCCCUGGCACCGUCUCUGCCGUCAAGCCGGCCGUCACCACCCUGGUUGUGAAGGGCACCACAGGCGUCACAACCUUAGGCACUAUGACGGGCACCGUUUCUACCAGCCUCGCGGGAGCUGGGGGCCACAGUACCAGUGCCUCCCUGGCCACACCCAUCACCACCUUGGGCACCAUUGCCACCCUCUCCAGCCAAGUGAUCAAUCCCACUGCCAUCACUGUGUCUGCUGCUCAGACCACGCUGACAGGGGCCGGAAGUCUUACCACACCCACCAUCACGAUGCAGCCUGUCUCACAGCCUACUCAGGUGACUCUGAUCACGGCACCCAGCGGGGUCGAGGCCCAGCCCGUGCACGACCUUCCGGUGUCCAUUCUGGCCUCGCCUACCACAGAGCAGCCCACGGCCACUGUCACUAUCGCCGAUUCUGGCCAGGGGGACGUGCAGCCAGGCACCGUGACGCUGGUGUGCUCCAACCCACCCUGCGAGACCCACGAGACGGGCACCACCAACACCGCCACCACCACCGUCGUGGCUAACAUGGGAGGGCACCCGCAGCCAACCCAAGUGCAGUUCGUCUGCGACAGGCCCGACGCAGCCGCUUCCCUCGUGACCUCCACGGUGGCGCAGCAGAACGGCAGUGUGGUUCGCGUCUGCUCCAACCCGCCCUGCGAGACCCACGAGACGGGCACCACCAACACGGCCACCACUGCCACCUCCAACAUGGCUGGGCAGCUCGGCUGCUCCAACCCACCCUGCGAGACCCACGAGACGGGUACCACCAGCACCGCCACCACUGCCAUGUCGAGCAUCGGUGCCGGCCAGCAGCAAGGCACCCGGCACCCCUGCGCGGCCACCACCAUCCCUGUGAUCCGGGUCACCGUGCCCACCGGGAAACUGGAGGGAGCCGUGAGUUUCAAGUCCUUAUGCCAAACUCGCCAGACCAGCGCGACCAACACCACUAUGACUGUGAUGGCUACUGGGGCCUCGCGCUCAGACAGCCCUGCUUUCGUGCAGCUGGCCCCUGCAAGUGGCCAAGUCAGGCUUGGCCCCAGCAGCAAGGACAGCCCUGUCACCGACCUAAGCCAGCUGGUGUCCAUGGGGCGCCAGCCGGAGGCACAGCACACCCACACAACCAACACCCCCACCACGGCCCGCUCCAGCAUGGGUGCUGGGGAGUCCGGCGAGCUGCGGGGGACCCCCACGCCUGCAUGUGAGAGCUCUUCUAGUGCCGCUGUGACUGUGACAGGCCUGGAGACACUGCUGUGCUCCCCGGCCCCCGUGACACAGGUCUGCUCCAACCCACCCUGCGAGACCCACGAGACGGGCACCACCAACACGGCCACUACCUCGAAUGCAGGCAACGCCCAGCGCGUCUGCUCCAACCCACCGUGCGAGACCCAUGAGACGGGCACCACCCAUACGCCCACCACCGCCACCUCCGGUGUGGGUGCAGGCCAGCCCGAGGGGGCGCAGCAGCAGCAGCAGCAGCAGCCCCCCGCCAGCCGCCCCUGCGAGACGCACCAGACCACUUCCACCGGCACCACCAUGUCAGUCAGCGUGGGUGCCACAGCCCCGGACAGCAACCCGCCCCUCAGGACCCAGGAGUCCGGGUUGGAGGGGGCAGCACCGCCCACCAGCGCUCCCCAGACCAGCGCUUCGCUGUUGACCCCUUUCCCAACACAGAGGGUGUGCUCCAACCCCCCCUGUGAGACUCACGAGACAGGCACCACGCACACGGCCACCACGGUCACCUCCAACAUGAGCUCCAACCAAGAUCCGCCACCAGCUGCCAGUGACCAAGGAGAGGCGGAGAGCACCCAGGGCGACAGCGUGAACAUCACCAGCUCCAGUGCCAUCACGACGACUGUGUCCUCCACGCUGACGCGGGCUGUGACCACCGUGACACAGUCCACCCCAGUCCCCGGCCCCUCGGUGCCGAAGAUCUCAUCAGUGACCGAAACUGCCCCAGGGGCUCUGACCACCGAAGUCCCCAUCCCGGCCACGAUAACAGUGACCAUAGCCAACACAGAAACUUCUGACAUGCCCUUCUCUGCUGUUGACAUCCUGCAGCCCCCAGAGGAACUCCAGGCCUCCCCCGGGCCUCGCCAGCAGCUGCCGCCACAGCAACUCCUGCAGCCUGCCUCCACCCCCAUGAUGGGGGAGUCCGCCGAGGUCCUGUCAGCCUCGCAGACCUCUGAGCUCCAGGCCGCUGUGGAUCUGAGCAGCACAGGCGACCCCGCUUCGGGCCAGGAGUCUGCCAACUCCGCCAUGGUGGCCACUGUGGUGGUCCAGCCACCGGCGCCCACCCAGUCGGAAGUAGACCAGUUGUCACUUCCCCAAGAGCUGAUGGCUGAGGCCCAAGCGGGCACUACCACCCUCAUGGUCACGGGGCUCACCCCUGAGGAGCUGGCAGUGACCGCCGCUGCCGAAGCGGCUGCCCAGGCUGCGGCCACAGAGGAAGCCCAGGCCCUGGCCAUCCAGGCGGUGUUGCAGGCCGCACAGCAGGCUGUCAUGGCAGGCACCGGGGAAGCCAUGGACACGUCCGAGGGGGCAGCAGCUGUGACCCAGGCGGAGCUGAGCCACCUGUCUGCUGAGGGCCAGGAGGGCCAGGCCACCACCAUCCCCAUCGUGCUGACGCAGCAAGAGCUGGCCGCCCUGGUGCAGCAGCAGCAGCAGCUGCAGGAGGCACAGGCCCAGCAGCAGCAGCACCACCACCUGCCCACGGAGGCCCUGGCCCCUGCCGAUAGCCUCAACGACCCGACCAUCGAGGGCAACUGCCUCAGUGAGCUGGCCGGGGCCGUGCCCAGCACUGUGGCCCUGCUGCCCUCCACAGCCACUGAGAGCCUGGCUCCUUCCAACACGUUUGUGGCCCCCCAGCCAGUCGUGGGAUCCAGUCCCGCUAAGCUGCAGGCCGCCGCUACCCUGACUGAGGUGGCCAAUGGCAUUGAGUCCCUGGGUGUGAAGCCAGACCUGCCACCCCCGCCCAGCAAAGCCCCCGUGAAGAAAGAGAACCAGUGGUUUGAUGUGGGCGUUAUUAAGGGCACUAAUGUCAUGGUGACACACUACUUCCUGCCACCUGAUGAUGCUGCCCCGUCUGAUGACGACUCGGGCACUCUUCCGGACUAUAACCAACUGAAGAAGCAUGAACUGCAGCCUGGCACAGCCUACAAGUUCCGUGUCGCUGGGAUCAACGCCUGUGGCCGGGGGCCCUUCAGUGAGAUCUCGGCUUUUAAGACGUGUCUGCCUGGUUUCCCAGGGGCCCCCUGUGCCAUUAAAAUCAGCAAAAGUCCGGAUGGUGCUCACCUCACCUGGGAGCCGCCCUCUGUGACCUCCGGCAAGAUUGUUGAGUACUCGGUGUACCUGGCCAUCCAGAGCUCACAGGCCGGCGGUGAGACCAAGAGCUCCACCCCGGCCCAGCUGGCCUUCAUGCGCGUGUACUGCGGGCCCAGCCCCUCCUGCCUCGUGCAAUCAUCCAGCCUCUCCAACGCCCACAUUGACUACACCACCAAGCCUGCCAUCAUCUUCCGCAUCGCCGCCCGCAACGAGAAGGGCUACGGCCCGGCCACCCAAGUGAGGUGGUUGCAAGAAACCAGUAAAGACAGCCCUGGCACCAAGCCUGCCAGCAAGCGGCCCAUGUCCUCCCCCGAAAUGAAAACCGCUCCAAAGAAAUCUAAGGCAGAUGGCCAGUGAGAGGCAGCUGGCUCGCACCUGGAUUCCUCUCCUGACCCCACCUCUGCUUCAGGAACACCACCCACCAGGGCCCUCCCGGGCCAUCCCACCCCUGAGCGCUUACACUUUACCCUCCCAAGCUACUGGCCACCAUCCAUUCUCUCUCCUUUUCUCUGUUUUGAAAAUAAUCUCAAGAAAGCACAUCUUACCGUUGCUGUUGGGAGGAAGCAGAGGCAGGUCUGGAAGAAACGUGAGCCCGUGAGAGCAGUGCACUUGCUCCUCUCCAGGCCUCCCGUGGGGGCUGAGCGCCCCCGAGGCCAGAGACCCCGAGGGAGGGAAACAAACUUUAAAGCAAAGAUGCGAAAGCAGUGGGGGCCCGCGCCCCGCCAACCUGGGAGCCUCUUGCUAUUGAUUCCCCUUGGCUGGAGAAGGCGGCCGAGGGGCAGUGGACUGAAGCCAGGGAACAACACCCCUCAACCCCCCCUACACCGCUUUGUGGGGGCAGCCUGAGCUGGGUGUGUGUGUGUGUGUAUGAUUUAUUUUAUUUUGUUCCCGUUGCAUUUCCCGCCACCUAAUAGCCCGCCCUUGACUUAACCCAGCCCAUCUCUGCCCGUGAUCCCAUGGGAAGCUUACACAUUUUUCUCAGAGGCCUUUUUAUCUCCCCCAUCUCCUCCUUCCCUCUUCCCUUGUAAGAGACGACAAGAAAGAAAGAAGCCGAAAGGGGGAGAAGGGGCCCCAUGGUGGGCUGAGCAGUGUUCUGUGAAAACCUGGCUCCCGGCGGGGCCUACAGAAGCCCCCUACCCCCCCCCCCCCACCCAGCCUGGCUUCGGCCCCCCUGGGUUGGAGCCAGGGGCCACAUCACCAACUGCUGCAUUUGUUGUAUUUUUUUAAGUUUAAAUUGAAGGCAACAUUUUUAUUGUAAUUUUAGCCUUAGCGUGUGGGGUUUUGUCCCUUUUUUGUUAGUUGUGUACAGAAUGUGUAUUUUUUUGUUGUUGUUGUUAACUUCUCUCCUUGGCUAAGCCUUGGCGCAGGCAUCCUUCGGGAGGAAAAGCUGGGGGCAGCCAGGAUAGACGAGGCAUGGAAUCUUCCCCCCCCCCCCCCCCCCCCCGUGCACCCGGUGUUUUCUGCGCAGCUCAAUUUCCUCUUCCCGGCUCUGCCCUCUGCCCCUGUGCCUGUCCUCAAGCCUCCGGGAUGAAGAAGGGGUGAGCUGUCAAACAUCACUCUCCACGGGCGAGUGCUCCACCUCACACCACAGGAUUGAGCUUGAAAAUGUGCGGGAACCUCGAGUCAGGUUUCUGAGGGGGACAGUCCAGAGGCCCGGGCCAACCAUCCUGAUCCUGGUUCACAGCAUCCCUCCGCCCCCCGCCCCCAGGCUCCCUCCUUGGCAUAGCUGGCUUCGAGUAUCCGACACCCUCAAUUAAAUUACCGCUUCCUGCAGCCACCCACUUCCACUCCACAAGCAACUUAGUAAGGGGAAGGGUGGGGUAGGCAUGAAGGGGAACUUCAGGCAGUCAGAGGGCAUGCGUGUGGGUUGACAGCACUGGCUAUCAUGUCUCUGAAUGUGCAGCACUGUCCCAAGGCUGUGUAGUCAGUCCUAUGGGGACUCGGGCUUAGGCCUCUGCUCAGAGUGGCUACUGAGCCAGCUUUCUGGUAAGGAGCAAGGUUUGCAAGCCGGUCCCACUAGGUGAGCUGCCCGACUGCAGGCGCCGCCUCCCAACCCCAGUCUGCAGUGGAGACCAGCUGUAGCUGAUGACUGCCCCCCCAUGCCCCCACCGCCUGGCUCCUUUCUGGGGCCUCUGGUUGUUGUAUUAUAGUAUAUUUCGCUGUGGAAAAUGUCAUGUUUAGUCACCUUGGAGCCCAUUCGCCUGGUUUCAUCGUUUCCCUGUCCCUCGUCCCAAGCGCCCUUUGAUUUCUCGUUUCUAAGAACAGUACGCCCGUUCUAUUGUAGAGUAACCCCCGUGACUCAAUAUUACCAUAGUGCAAUGUCGUUUUGUGCUAUUUUGAACAAUUAAAAGACCUUUUUUGAAAUAA